AUGCGUGCCAAACAUGCCAAUUCAUUUUGCGAAUGGGUUGUGGGCGCGAACCUUACCCGCCGCAAGAAGUCCUCGCGUCACAGAACAGUCGCCAAUCUCUGCUGGGAGACCGACGAUGAGAAUGACACCGACACUGUGUCUCUUUCAAUUCCAAGAGCGGAUCGACUAGCAAAGCUUGCGCGUGUGGCCAACAAAAAACGAGUUCACUUUGCAGAGGACUCGGCUGAAGAUGCAACAGAGGUUAGUGUCAGCGAGAGCAUGAGUGAAUCAGAUCAAGCUGCAGACACGAUGUUUGACUCGGACUGCCCUUGUAACAAGUGCGAAACACAGAAAAACAUACUGAACAACAUGAAACAGGCGAAAAAGGACGCAGGCACAACCGAUACCGAGGUCAGUAAAGGCGAAAGCACAGCUGAGAGCGGCAAUGAUACGGAGGAUGACAUCGUCUCGGACUGCCCUUGUGGCAAAUGCAUAUCUGCAAGAAAGACACUAAGCAAGAGGAAACAGGCAAACAAGGAUUCUGGAUCCGAGCCAGAGUCGGAUGCUGAGAUCCACGCUAAACAUAAGGAGAAGAAGGCGAAGGAGCAAGCAGCAAAGGUGAAAAAUUCCAAGGAGAAGCAGGCCAAUGAGAAAUCCACGUCUGACGAGAAGGGGGGCGAUGACGGCAAAGGCAAGAAGACCAAAAACAAAAAGAAGGAGUCUGAGCCUGAGUCCAAGCCUGAAGAGAAAUCCAACGCCGAGUCCGAAACCGCAGUAGAAUCGAGCGCUUCCGAAGACCAAAGCAAACGUACCACCAAGUCCAAGAACGACAAGCAGAAAGGCAAGGGGGGCAAGAAGCCACAAGUAGAGACUUUUGAGGAAGAGUCCGAAGCAGUCGAGACCGAAGAGGAGAUUCCAAGGGCCAAGAACAAGAACGAGACUAAAAAACAGGAUGAACGUGCCAAGAAGAAAUCCAAGGACAGCCAAAAAGAUCAAAACGGCAAUUAUGGGAAGAAGAGCAAGAAAGGCGAACAACAAGUCGGUGGCUCUAAUCAGAAAGUAGAGCUCGUCGAAUCCGCUCCGCCCAAAAAGAAGGACAAGAAAACGAAAUCUUUCUCACAACCCCUACCUCGCCGACCAGAAUUGCUCAUGCCAAUCAAUGCUCAAGUCCUUCAGAUCGAGCACUCCGUUGAAUGUGCUGACGACCCGCGCCCUAACGCAUUUUACGAUGCUGAGCAUGGUGUUAUGCGCGUCUACCAUGGCGGUGCUUAUGGAAACCCUUGCGGGGCUCUGUAUCCUAAACGUUGGUCGAACAAUAUGCCCCUCGGUGUUCCGCAUCCCUCACAGAACCCAUGGAUGUACGGGUUUCCUCCAUCUCAAGGCCCAGUUCCUCCACCGCCGCCGGGUUGGGUCCCACCAGUCGCUCAAGGACCCGGUCCUGGAAACCCUUGGUUUCAAGGAAACUUCACCACGCAGGUUCCUGGUCCGGUUACUCCCAAGCCCGGGGACCAACGUGCUAUCUACAAUACGUCCCCAUCCCUCCGGGCGGCGGCAAAUAAAAAUUCGAACAACGUCGGGCCUUUCGCGCCACGUCCCUCUCCAGCGAAAAACGGCGGAUCGAAACAGAAGGAUACCCAGGGUGCUCAGGGCCCCCAAGGCUCCAAUGGAACGGCCAACGAUGCAGGAAUCGGCGGGUGGAGUCCGAUGCACAGCAAGAAGUUACAUGAGGCCUUGGAAAAGGCCAAGAGCCAGCGUGGUAGUAAUGCAGGUAGUCAGAAGAACGAUGACGGUUGUGGUACAAGUGGUGCGAAUGGCGGCAAGGACAAUGGCAAUGCUCAGUCGAACGGUAAUGAGUGGAGUAUGGGAGGCAAUGCCCAGAACAAUAAUAGUGCUUAUGGAGGUAAUCAGGGCAACAACAUGCAAAAUAGGACGGCUGGUUACGACGAAUGGGGAACAAAUGAUAAUCAGAACAACGGUACUGGUACUGGAGGAUGGGGCGGCGAGAAUACGUGGAAUGCCAACGACAACGAGACCUCGAACAAUAAUACAACUGGCGGCGUGGGAGACAACAGUGCCAAAGCCAACCAGAAUAAUGGCACGAGUUGGGGAAGAAACGAUGAUCAAAGCAACAACGGAAAAUCUGGCGGUUCACAGGCGAAGGGCUCUCCGUCCAACAAGCCGCCUUCCUCUGGUGGCAACGUAGGCCCUACAAACAACGGAAACGGCAACGGCAACAAGGGCACUCAGUCCAACAGUUCCAACGAGUCUAUGCCGGGCGCCUGGCCUCGAUCCUCUGGCGGAAAUGUCUUUGGCUCAACCCAAGCAUCAAAUCAAGGUCCCCAAAACUCUCCGACACAAGCCCUACCAUCUUCAGCUGGUAACGUGGCUGGGAAUGGCGACUGGGGAGAAACGGCCAACAAUAAUAAUUGGGGGAAUAAUGAUGCUGCGAACGAGACCGGCGGUUUCUGGGAUAGCAAGGAGGGACAGGCUGAUCUGAACCGGGUUGAUCCGGUGGAGUGGUAG